UCUACACUGAAGCUUACAACAUAGAUAAUUAUGAUUGGCAUGAAGACUACAAACCUGUGAAUAAACUGAAGGGACUAACAAUAGCACGUGGAACAAAGCAAAAGAUUAAAUUAGUAGCGUAUAAGCGUGCAAAAGGGUGGCCGUUCACUUUGAAGCUAACUUUUGAGAAUAAUCGUAUUGUUCGAAUAAGGAUCAGACAGGUGGAAGUCUAUUAUCACAGUGGAGGAUACAAAGAAAGGACCGAUUUGCGUGAUGAUUGGGUAUUGGAGUCGCCUUUCGACAUUCACAUCGGCCUACGACAUGACACUACGGUCGUUAGAAUUAGUCAAACACACUACCAAUUCCUCAACAUGGUCUCCUGGGACCACAACAAAAACGGCGAACUGGCCUUAAAAAACAAUAACACAAGGACAGCCAUCAAGUAUUUCUCGCAAGCUUUUAAGAACGCGCAAAAUUCCGACAUCAAACAAAUUUCUCGACAAAAUUUAAGCAAGAGCCACGCCACGCUUGCCAAGCAGCAGAUUGACAGCGCUUUGAGUGCAGAAGUCAAAGGACAAACAACAGAAGCCGAAAAGUACUUCAAUGAGGCGAAGACUCACCUCGAAGAGGCUAAAUCACUGGUAAAUUCCACCUUCAAUCAAAGCCGUCUUAAUUUUAUUAAACUAAAAAUAAGCGGCAAUCACUUGAUUAACUCAGCCGUGAAGACCGAAGAGGAAGCAGCGUCUUUGUUUGACGCUGCUUUAGAGUCUGCCGACAUUGAUGCGGCUUCUGUUGUUGCAAAGUACAACGAAGCGUUGGCGCAGUACAGAGAAGCUUUGGCCAAGUAUAACGAAGCCAGUAAAUUGGGAGUCGCGAACCUGUCUCAGAGUACGAAGAUCACAGAAGAGCAAAUUUCUGAGCUGGAAGUAGUGGUUGCCAACAUGGAGAACGUCUUGUUGAGAGAAAGACUGAAGAAAAUGGAAAAGCAGACGAGAGACACUACGAAAGGACAGGCGGCUAAGCAAGAAUAUAUAGAACACCUGGAUGUGGUUUACGAAUAACCUGAUUAAUCAAUUUGUAUUUUCAAGAACGAAGAAGGUGUAUAUAAUAUAUACGAUCGUGUUGUCGUUAAAUUAAAUUU